AUGGCAGACGUUGACCUCGCCACCAUCGCUGACGUACAAAGAUACUUGUCUAAUACCCCUUUCGCAUCGCAUACCAUAAACGCACUGACAGGAGGCUUCGCCAACUUCACAUACAGGAUACACCUCAACGACUCAUUCAAGGGUAAGGAAACAUAUGUAUUGAAGUAUGCAGCACCGUAUGUGGCUGCAUCCGGUGGUGCGAUGGCUCUCCCCACAGAGCGUCAGAAAUUCGAUGCGGAAGCCUUACGACUCGUCCGCAAGAUGCAUACUGAUGACGAUGUCAUCACCGUUCCUAACGUCCAUCUCUUCGACGAAGAAGCCCACGUCAUAAUCAUGGACGAUUGCGGGACGGACGCUCGUACGCUGAAACAGCUGGUGAUUGACCAGGCGCUGCCACAGACAGUCGCCGAAGAAAUCGGUGCUGCGAUCGGUCGUUUCCUUGGGCGCAUCCAUGCCUGGAACAAAGACGCGUCUUUCGACAUGGGCAUUUUAAGGGACAACGAACUGGGGAGGAUGCUCUCGACAUUGGUUACAUACGGUUGCCUCAUAUCUACGCUUAGCGGCAGAGAUAAUAUCGCGACUUUGGCUGACCCCGGUCUCGACAUCCCUGAGGGGAAAUUGGCCACUAUCUCGAAGCUAGUGGAGACCCGCAGUCAGGAAAUCGGUAGGACGACGGGGGUGUUUACACAUGGAGACUUCUGGCCUGGGAAUAUCAUGGUAUCCCUUCGGAGAGAGUCAGAAGGGGGCAUGCCUAGGUUAGCGAAGCUUUAUGUGUUGGACUGGGAGUUGGCGAAGGAAGGUCUUCGGGGGCUAGACAUUGGUCAGUUCUGCGCGGAGAUGCGGCUGCUUCAGCGGUUCUAUCCGAGCCGCCAGGAGGAGACGUCCACAAUUAUGAGAUCCUUCCUUCUGGCUUACAGAGGAGGGAGUGGGCCUGAUGAAGCGCUUGCGAGGGUCGCGAUUGCACAUGUUGGAGCACAUUUGGUUGCUUGGACCCCACGGGUGUAUUGGGGAGACAAGGAAGAUACCAGAAAGACGGUUGCUGAAGGAGUUGAGUUAUUGGUUGGAGGUGCUGAAGAGACAUCAGCCUGGCUGGAGGGUAGUAUCGUUGGAAACUUGUUGAUGUGA